AUGGAAAAACUUCAAGCAAAAUAUGAAAGAAAAACGACUCACGAAAGGCAAAAGAAAGAAAAAUGUGUUCUGAAUUCGGGUGAACUUGUCGUACAGCGACUUAGCUCAUCGGUGUCCGGCAAAGCGCAGAAGUAUUCGACGGUAGGUUCGAGAGAAUUCGUAUCGUUCCCAUACGAAGAAAUGACGAUCAACAACAUCAAGUCUGCGUGUGAGAAACACUUUUCGUCUGUUACUCAGAGUGGCUUAGUGUGCGAUGUAGUUGCUGGAGAUCAAGGGCCGUCUUGCAGAACGUUGGAGCAACUCCCCAAUACGAAAGUUAUUCAUGUUCGUUUUAUAGAAAGCAUUGACACCGAACUUGAGACAAUGCAAGAUAUGUCUGGCUCUCAGCCAAAGCGUAUUAAAAAACCCACCAAAUUCGUUUGGUGGUUCACCGUCGAAAGGAGGCUGUGUAGAGGAACCGAAAAAGCAGUACCCGAAAAGUCUUUCGAUUUCCGAAAUGCUGAAGUUAGGGAAAAAGAUUUAGGAAACAACAGAAACAACAACAACAACAACAACAACAACAACAACAACAGUCGACCUUUUCACCUUUGACCUUCAGUCGAUGUCGUGGUCGAAACAAUCCGAUCGAGUUGAGUUCUCGGUGUCUAAGAAACCGUUCGCUUCUGGAGGCUUUCGCGACGCAUACAAGGCCACGUCAGUACACCAAAAAUUCGCAAGCAAGACCUGGGUUAUAAAGAAAUACUUGCCACAAACUUUUAAAACAAUUAACGAUAUGGGGGAAACGGCAGAGAGUCACACAAAAAAAGUGGUCCAAAUGCACCAUCUUGCUGCUAGUAUGGCUGCUAAUUUAUCUGUUGCAGUAAAGAAAAUCUAA